CAGUUUCAUGCAAAGGCGCACGUUCUGUUCGGUUCGUACGGCGCCGGUUGCACGCUGAACAGGGUGGGCGGAGUGGGUGGGUCUGGCCAUGCCGCCCACAUGGACAACCUGCGAAAGCAAUGUCAGUGAGUACUACCAGACUUGGUCCUUGAGCGAGGGUACUUGAUAGAACAUAUAAAAAGGCCUGCGUGGAGGACGGGGCUCCUUACGAGUUCCAUUCGCCACAGCACAACGUCUCUUCAAGCACUCUUCAGUAGCAUUCAGUACCAAUGGCCCCCUUCGCUAUGCUCGCCGUUUUCCUCGGUGCCCUCACCGCUAUCGUCACCGCCACGCCCAUGGACGGCGGCGAGAUUGAAGUUCUCGAGAAGCGUGUCACCCACACCGGAAAGGCCACGUACUACUACCCAGGCCUCGGGGCCUGCGGCGAGACCGACGGCAACGACGACCCCGUCGUCGCCAUUUCUCACCUCAUCUACGGCAGCGGAGGAAAUUGCUUCCAGUAUAUGCAGAUCACUAACCCGGCCACGGGCACCAGCCAGUACGCCAAGACCGUCGACGAAUGUGAGGGCUGCGGCCAGUACGAUAUCGAUCUGAGCCCCUCUCUCUUCAAGUCCCUGGGUGCUCCGCUCUCUCAGGGCGUUAUCAACGGUGUUGAGUGGCACUUUAUGGCUAAGGGAUGGAGCCCGUGAGAGUCUAGAGACGAUGACGCUU